AUGGGCUACAAAUAUUAUGAUUCCCCAGACGGGCAAGACUGUUUGAAAAAAAUGUGGUAUACCACAAAAAUUGGAGCACUUAUCGGCCUUGGACUGUCGUCAUUUGACGUUAUUAUGUAUUCUCGGCCAAAAGGUUAUUUUCCUACAUUAAUGAGAUAUGGAUAUAUUACCCUUCCCAUUAUGGGAAUGGCAGCCUCAUUUUCUGCCACAACAUGUAUUGCUACGAAUGCUCGCGGGAAGGACGGAAAACUUAACUAUUUCCUGGGUGGCUGUGCUGCUGGUGGAGUGUUCGGGGCGUGGAGGAGGAGUAUUUUUGCUGGAUUUCUUGGUUGUGUGGCGCUGGGUGGCUUCGCUGUCGCCAAGAAGCUGUCAAUUGAAGAAGGUUGGGAGUUCAUCGGUAAACCUCCAGGACAUAUCCAUGGAUCUCUUCGAGGGGUACGACAGGACUGGACUAUAACUGAUCACCGUCCAGGAAACUGGAAGGUUUCAGAGUAA